CAACGGUGUUUUAGCUUUUACGUGUGUGCGUUUCUCUGCCUCAUCUCCUUUGCAUCUAAAAUUCUCCUUCGUAGAUUCAGAUUCCGGUCGGUCACUUAACGCCGGCGUAUCCCUCAGUUUCCGGUUAACCUCUCUCCUCUGUCGCCAUGAAUCCUGAGUAUGACUAUUUGUUCAAACUUUUGCUAAUUGGAGAUUCUGGUGUUGGAAAAUCAUGCCUUCUAUUGAGAUUUGCUGAUGAUACUUACUUGGAGAGUUAUAUCAGCACCAUUGGAGUUGACUUUAAAAUUCGCACUGUGGAGCAAGAUGGGAAAACACUAAAACUUCAAAUUUGGGAUACUGCUGGACAAGAACGGUUUAGGACUAUUACUAGCAGCUACUAUCGUGGAGCCCAUGGCAUAAUAGUUGUAUAUGAUGUGACGGACCUUGAGAGCUUCAACAAUGUCAAACAAUGGCUUAGUGAAAUUGAUAGAUAUGCUAGUGAAAAUGUCAACAAACUUCUUGUUGGAAACAAAUGUGAUCUUGCAGAAAACAGAGCUGUCUCGUAUGAAACAGCUAAGGCAUUUGCUGAUGAAAUAGGCAUUCCAUUCAUGGAAACCAGUGCAAAAGAUGCUACUAAUGUAGAGCAAACUUUCAUGGCUAUGUCUGCUUCAAUAAAGAAUAGGAUGGCAAGCCAACCAGCAAACGCAAUGAAGCCUCCAACUGUUAAUAUUAAAGGACAGCCAGUUGCACAGAAUAGUAGUGGCUGCUGCUCUUCCUGAAGGGUAGACAGUUACUUGCUCAGUUUAUUUGUAUGUGUUAUGGCUAAAUCUAUCGCUGUCCACUUCAUGGAUCCAUUAAUUCUUCAAUAUCUUUGUCACUCCAAUGUUUUUUUUUUCUUUCAUGUGAUAAUGGAAUGAUUGUAAAAACUGGUGAAACUGGUCAAUGUUAGCAAUUUGUACACUAUA